AUGUGCCCAGGGUUCAAGGGCGCGCUGCGCGACUACCAGCUCAAAGGCGUGAAGUGGCUCAUCUCUCUGUGGAGCAACGGCCUCAACGGCAUACUGGCAGACCAGAUGGGCCUGGGCAAGACGGUGCAAACCAUCGGCUUCCUGUGCCACCUGCGCAACACGGGGCACAUCCAGGGGCCCUACAUGGUGCUGGGCCCGCUGAGCACGCUGACUAACUGGGUGUCUGAGUUUGAGCGCUGGGCCCCCGGCUUCCCGGUCGUCCUCUACCACGGCUCCAAGCAGGAGCGGCAGCAGAUCCGCAGCAGCCGCAUGCCCACGGGCCGCAUCGACGACAAGUUCCCGGUGGUGGUGACCAGCUACGAGAUCCUGCUGGCGGACGUCAAGGCGCUGGGGCGGUACCAGUGGAAGUACAUCGUGGUGGACGAGGGCCACCGCCUGAAGAACAUGAACUGCAAGCUGAUCCGGGAGCUCAAGACGCUGCAUGCCGAAAACAAGCUGCUGCUGACGGGCACGCCGCUGCAGAACAACCUGACGGAGCUGUGGAGCCUGCUCAACUUCCUGCUCCCCGACGUCUUCUCUUCCCUGGAAAACUUCGAGUCCUGGUUCGACUUCACAUCAGCGGUGGGCCACGCCAACGCCGACAAGGAGAUCUUGGCGCAGGAGCAGCGCAACAAGGUGGUGUCCAAGCUGCACCAGAUCCUCAAGCCCUUCCUGCUGCGCCGCGUCAAGACCGACGUGGAGACAAGCCUGCCGGGCAAGAUGGAGGUCAUCCUGUACGCCCGCAUGGCCGACAAGCAGCGCGAGCUCAACCAGCAGCUCCUGGACAAGACGCUCAACGAGGAGAUGAACAAGAUGUCGCGCGGGCGGGGCGGCCCCAGCGUGGCCUCCCUCAACAACGUGCUGAUGCAGAUGCGCAAGAACUGCAACCACCCUGACCUCAUCACGGGCCCCUUUGACGGCUCCGUGUUCUUCCCCUCCCCCGAGGAGAUGGUGCGGGACUGCGGCAAGAUGGCGCUGCUGGACCGCCUGCUCACCCGCCUGCUGCCCGAGGGCCACAAAGUCCUCAUCUUCUCGCAGAUGACCACCAUGCUGGACCUGCUGUCCAGCUACCUGGAGCAGCGGGAGGUGGGGCACUGCCGCAUCGACGGCUCCAUCUGCUGGCAGGACCGCCAGGAGAACAUGAAGCGCUUCAACGAAGACCCCGACUGCAAGGUCUUCCUGCUGUCCACGCGGGCCGGCGGGCUGGGCAUCAACCUGACCGCCGCAGACACCUGCAUCAUCUACGACUCGGACUGGAACCCUCACCAGGACCUGCAGGCCAUGGACCGCUGCCACCGCAUCGGCCAGCAGAAGCCGGUGCUGGUGAUGCGGCUGGCCACGGCACACAGCGUGGAGGGCAAGAUGCUGCGCAGGUGGGGGGGCGGCUGCGGCUGCGCGCGGUGA